GUCUAAAGGAAAGAAUUUUAUUGUGCCAGAGACUCUUUAUGUUUGUGUUUAUACAUGUUUUGUACAGUUUGGACAAUAAAAGAUGUGAUGAGUAUAAUACAAAAGCAUAAUUCCUUAUAUUCCUCGAGAUGAACAUCAAAGGCAGAGAGAAAAAUUAACUGCAUUGUAUUUCCUGCCAUCUUUACAAGAAAAUGAACUAUUUACGCAGACAAUGAAGGGCUCUCAGCUGAUCAAGAAUCACACGGAAGAGAAAAACUUUAGGACAGAGAGUAGUUACGGAUUCUCAGAUAACCUCGUCAUGAUAAUGGAACUCAGGAAGAAGAUAUUGACCUUUAGAGACAUCAUUGACCUGCCUCCUUGUGAGGCCUCAGCUCCCAUAAAUGAGCUAAUGAUGGGGACAAUGAUGGAACUACUGAAGCUUUAUCCUGAAUUCAUAUCCUGCACUCAGUUGUCAAAAAUAAGUGGAACAUCAGUGGACCAGAUUCUUUCCUACUUUUGCGAGAUUUUGAAAUCUAUUAGAGACUCAUGGUUGAAGGAUCAAGACUUAAUGGACAGAUUUACUGCCUAUAAGGAGAACGGCAACAUGGAGGAAUUAGUGCAAUAUGUGUUAGCAACACUUGAUUGCAUGAUUAAAAUAGCAACCGAGAAGUUUGAUACCUUGGAUGAAGAUGAUCAGAGUAAGGGCUUCAGUCCACAGGGUAGCAGAUUUGGGAAAGUAUUAAUGGAGUCCUUCUCGGACAAUGGUUCUUCCUAUUGUCCUUCACCAGUCACCCCAACAUCAGUUCUCCCAGAAGUCUGGGCUUCUCCCAAAAGGAGUACUUCCCCUCUUCUAUGGUCUCUCAGAGUUCAAGCACUGGGGAAGCUGAGUCCCAUUGAUGUAAAGCUCUUGUCGGUUCACAUGCCGCCACAAGUAGGAGAACAAGAACCAAUUAGUUUGAGCCAAAAGAAGAAUACAGUUGAGGAAACAAUGACAGUAACAGAAGUGGAGACCAACGCUGACAUGGAAAAAACAAACACACCGGAGGUUCUGCAGUUUCAUUUGGAUGAAAUGGAUGUGGCAAUUAGUGAAAAGGAAUUAAACAAUAGAAGUGAGCCCCAAAAUACAACUCCAAUGACUUCCGCAGGAGCCAUAGAUGUGUUGAUGAUGCCACCACAAUCACCACCACAUCCGCCUUCAAAUGUGGCAACAGUUCUGUCCCAGAGUCAGCCAUCGAUAUCUUCCCAAAGCAUGAUGAUAACAGCAGAAGUACCACCACCAUCACUGAUUCCUAAACAUGUGGCAACUCUUCCUCCACCAUCACCACCGAUGACAUUGCCAAAUGCAACAACUGCACCACCACCACCCCCAGUGAUGCCUUCAACAGUUCCAAAGCAACCCCAAUCAGGUGCACAACCAAUGUCACUUGGGAACCAAACUGCUCCUCCACCACCUGCCCCACCCCUACCAUUCAGAAAUCGAAAUGCUCCGCCACCACCACCCUUGCCAUUUGGAAAUGGAGCUACUCCACCACCUCGCCCACCGUCCAUGCCGCUUGGAAAUGGAGCUACUCCUCCACCUCCCCCACCGCCAAUGCCGCUUGGAAAUGGGGCAGCUCCUCCACCACCACCGGCACCCAGGCCACUGGGAAAUGAGGCUGCUCCUCCACCACCAUCACCUCCACCCACAGGAAAUGGAUCAGUGCCACUGCAACCACCACCGACGUCUGUUGGAAAUGGGGCAGCUCCUCCACCACCACCGCCACCCAGGCCCCUGGGAAAUGGAGCUGCUCCUCCACCACCACCUCCACCCACAGGAAAUGGAUCAGUGCCACCUCCACCACCACCUACAUCUGUUGGAAAUGGGGCAGCUCCACCACCUCCUCCUCGAUUGGGUGCAGCAAGAACUCUACUUCCCAAAAAGGCAAAUACUAAAUUGAAGAGAUCAAGCCAAAUGGGUAGCUUGUACCGGACUCUCAAGGAUAAGUUGGAAGGGGGUCAGCUAGACAAAAGAUCACCUAAUGGAAGAAAAGGUUCAGUUGGGAACGGGGGCAGUGGUGGAAAAGGCAUGGCUGAUGCAUUAGCUGAGAUGGCAAAGAGGUCAUCAUACUUCCAACAAAUUGAAGAAGAUGUUCAAAAGCAUGCCAAGUCAAUCAAUCAGCUGAAGUCUGCCCUCAGUACUUUCCAAACAAAAGACAUGGCUGAGCUGCUCAAGUUCCACAAACAUGUUGAAUCGAUUCUGGAGGCUCUAACUGAUGAAACACAGGUGCUUGCAAGGUUUGAAGGGUUCCCAAAUAAGAAGUUGGAAACACUAAGGACAGCUGCUGCACUGUACUUGAAGUUGGAUGGAAUAAUUAAUGAACUGCAGAAUUGGAAGAUAGAACCUCCCCUGGGCCAGCUUCUAGACAAAACUGAGCGUUACUUCAAUAAGAUCAAAGGAGAUAUGGAUGCAUUGGAGCGAACCAAGGAUGAAGAGUCCAAGAGGCUUCAGAGUCAGAAUAUUCAUUUUGACUUCAAUAUCCUUAUUCGUAUCAAGGAAUUAAUGGUGGAUGUUUCCUCAAACUGCAUGGAGUUGGCACUGAAGGAGAGGAGAGAAGCAAAGGCAGCAGAAGAAGGAGUAGGUACAAAAACUGAAAAGAAAAGGAAGGAAUGCACUAAAAUGCUUUGGAGAGCUUUCCAGUUCGCAUUCCGCGUUUAUACCUUUGCUGGUGGACACGAUGAUCGCGCCGACAAGCUUACAAGAGAACUGGCUCAUGAAAUAGAGACAGAUCCUCAGCACCAGUAACUUUCUUGAAUUCGUCUCAUACCAACAGCCAAAAAGAAAAAAACAAACUAACAAGAAAGCAAAGGAAGAAGAAAACUAUCUAAUGUAUAAAAUGCACAAAAAUUAAUAUAGGAUUGUUUGUGGGAGCGGCCUCAGAGCUGUAAGUGCAAUGCCAAGACUCUGCAAAAAUAUUACGUUAAAAUAAUCUAUCUCCACAUAUCUAGUGUGUAAUAUAUGUUUGGAGUUGAAAUCUAAGUGAUUAAUUAUGUAUAAAUAGGUUCUAACAUUUUAUUAAAACACUAUCUGGUGGUGCAACUUUUGUAAAAUUUUGACUUAUAAUCUCAUUUCAGAAUGAGAUGAUUGACAGAACUUUCAUACCUUGUUUAUGAUAUCUUCAAUUUAGAGUUUUAAGCAUGAAAUGAUUUAUAUUCUUCAAUCUAGACUUUUAAGCAUGAAAUGAUGUGGCAUACACAAGACCAGGAAAAGAAAGCUUCGAGGGCCACAAUGAAAACAUUAAAGGAAUAUGGAGUUUUUAGUUUUUACCCUUGCAACAAAUAGCGCAGUAUGAAAUUGUCUGUAAUGAAUUACACACCAAUUUUUCAAUGAAGAUUGAAGAAUCACCAUCGGAAACUGUCAAUGAGACAAUCUUUCUGGAUGUAGCAGUUAUCACUCAUAUUGUCAGUUUCUCAAAAGCUUUUCAUUGUAAAAUACUGGGAAUAGCAUAUUCCUAACAAUGCUAACUAAUUAAACAAAUGACAGGAAAAAUGAAUUUGAAAUAAUCUCAGCAUUAGUGCAUUACUUACACAGUUAAAUAAGGAUUUCCCAUGCUAAUGCUUUUGUGAAACAAAAUUGUUUAAGAUAAAACACUAGAGAAUUUUGCCACCCAAUAUCCAUGCCAUGGAUAUAUUAUAUAAACACUGACUAUCCAAGUAUGCUAUUGAAGCAUGAAACAAGAGGCUUUAAAGAAACUUACUUCGCUCUCCUAUUUCGGAGCUGGAAAGACACAAAGCCAACUCCUCUUAGUUUGUUGAAUUUUCAAUGAGAGCUCAAAAGGUCCAGGUCUCGAAGCUGCAAACACGAAAUUCAGUUUUGACUCUUGCACUGACAGAGUAUUGAAAUAAAAUGGGAUGAUUGUGCAUAGUCUAUAUUAUUUCCUCACAAUCAUAUCUGAUUACGAAAACUAGAAAUGCUCUUGAACAACCACCUGACAAAACCAGAAAAGAACUCCUGACAAAAAAAAAAAAAAAAAAA